CAGCUUCAACUUCAUUACAGCUCUCAGACUGACCGGACCCACUGUUUCUCUGCUCUGAGAGUGCAUUUGGAAGUUGUUUUUUUUUUUACCUUUAAUUUAUAUGAAGUCAAAUUUGCACUGCAUCCAGUGAAGCAUUGUGUUUUUGCAUUGCGUUUUGUUUUGGUUUUUGCACAAAAGAAACGCUUGUGGAAACAAGAAGCACAUAUGGACACUUAUAGAGACUUUUUCCAAUAGGGAUAUGGUCUUGGUCUAAACCUUUUUUUUUGCCGUAUUUUUUUUUAUUGUUUUUUUUUUUCUUCCUCGGUUUGACUACCUCCUUUAGAUCAGACAAUGCGAGUGACAGUGUUAUCUGCCGUUCUCUUGCUCUGCGUCAGGACCCUUGUCCGUGCCGAACCCAAGCCCAAAACCUGCCCUGCCCGCUGCGAUGUGAGCGCGUGCCCGAGCCCGAGCUGCCCGAGCGGGUACGUGCCGGACCGCUGCGGCUGCUGCCUCGUGUGCGCGCGCGCCGAAGGGGAAUCGUGCGGGCGCGCGCACGACCUGCCCUGCGGCGACGGGCUCGAGUGCAAGCAUCCGGCCGGGAAGCGGCUCUCCAAGGGCGUUUGUCAGUGCCGCUACGGAGCCAAGGUGUGCGCCAGCGACGGCAACACGUACGCCAACGUGUGCCAGCUUAAAGCCGCCAGCCGCAAAGCACUGCAGCAAGGCCUGCCGGGACUGAGCUCCGUGCACAAGGGACCAUGCGAGACUGGCCGAGGUCCCACACAACCCAACAGCCCGAGGUAUAAAUUCAACUUCAUUGCUGAUGUGGUGGAAAAGAUCGCCCCAGCUGUGGUUCAUGUGGAACUCUUUCUAAGCCACCCACUCUUUGGCCGGACUGUACCACUGUCAAGCGGCUCAGGCUUUGUGAUUUCAGAGACUGGGCUGAUUGUUACAAAUGCUCAUGUUGUGUCCACCACCACGCCUGUGUCAGGACAUCAGCAACUCAAAGUGCAGAUGCAUAAUGGAGACGUAUACGACGCUACGAUUAAAGACAUUGAUAAAAAGUCGGACAUCGCCACCAUUAAAACCAACCCAAAGAAAAAACUGGCAGUCUUGUUGCUGGGUCAUUCAGCAGACUUGCGGCCUGGGGAGUUUGUGGUCGCUAUUGGGAGUCCAUUUGCUUUGCAGAACACAGUGACCACAGGAAUCGUCAGCACGGCUCAAAGAGAUGGCAAAGAACUGGGUAUCCGGGACUCAGACAUGGAUUACAUACAGACUGAUGCAAUCAUAAAUUAUGGGAAUUCUGGUGGCCCCCUUGUCAACCUGGAUGGAGAGGUCAUUGGAAUCAACACUCUAAAGGUAGCAGCAGGGAUCUCCUUUGCUAUUCCUUCAGACAGAAUAACGCUUUUCCUCAAUGACUCCAUGGGAAAGCAAAGCAAAGAAAUGAAAUCAGUAAAGAAGCGUUUCAUUGGAAUUCGCAUGCUCACUAUCACUGAAGCUCUUGUAGAGGAGCUGAAGCAGCAGAACCCAGACUUUCCUGAUGUUAUCAGUGGAAUCUAUGUCCAUGAGGUGGUUCCGCACUCUCCUGCUCAAAAAGGCGGAAUAAAGGAUGGCGACAUCAUUGUAAAGCUGAAUGGCCGACCGUUAACUAGCACCAGUGAGCUAAAGGAGGCUUUGAUGGAGGACACAGCUCUGCUGCUGGAAGUCCGCAGAGGCAACGAUGACCUGCUGUUCAACAUCGAGCCUGAUGUUAUCAUGCAGUGACAAAUGUACGUACCUUACCAUUUACGAUGGUAAUGCAAGGAUAAACAGGUGAACAUGGAUGCACACAGACAUCCACAGACAAUACCAUGAACCCUAAAAACACAGCUGAGCAGGAUUUUCCUCAUUGUGUUUUGUCGCCAAAAUACUGUACAUACCGGGGGAGAUGAAAAGUCUUGUAUUAUGGUAAAUAAGGAAAUGUAUAGUACUGUACUGCUUUUUAAAAAACGAUGCUGGUUAUAUUGAAAAGCAGCUAAAGUUGUGCCUGAGACCAUUCUAAAGGCCAGGGUGAAGCAGAGUAUAGAUGGCUAGUAUGUCAUCUUCCUAUUAACGUAUGUCACGACAUUACAGUAAAGAAAUACUGGGAAACAAAAUCAAACAUACUAUGCAUAAGCACAUUGUUCUAUAAAAUGUGACCAACACAUCCUAAUGCUGUUUGCUUUAUAAUUGUCUUUUGAUGCUUGAUAUUUACUUUUGUAAUAAAUGUAAGCAAUUUUUAACUUUGAGUCAAAAUGUUUACAAUCGCAUCUGCUGGUUCAUACCAAUAAAAGCAGAAUUUCUGAACAUGUGA